AUGCCUGAAUCCGAACAAUAUCAUCCGGAAUUAUAUAUGCACUUGAAGGAUUUGUUUGAUUUCAUUGAAAACCAUGAUACAAUUGUAAAAGAAAUUGAAGCGGAUAAGGAGACGAAGGAGCAGAAAAAACCUAGUAAAUAUGUUAAAGAAAAAGUUCCAAUAUAUGAGGCGUUUGAAGAUUUAUGUACAAAUCCAGAAAUUAAUAAAUGCACUCAUUGUAUUAAAAAUUACAAAAAUUAUGAUCCCAAAAAACUCUUGACUAAAUUAUCAUGUGGUGAAGAAAAAAAAGAAAAUGGUGAUCAAGAUGAAAGUAUUAAACAGAAAAUCAAAGAAUUACGAGAUUCACCUGAUAAAAAUCCUAUAUUAUAUUCAAUAAACGACAAAACAUAUGCUGCAAGUGACUUGAUUCCAUAUCUAAUGGAUUUAUUGAAGGGGGGUCUAAGACACAUUGGUACACAAUAUAUUUAUGAUUAUUUUCCAUCAUUAUCAAAUAUAGUUAGCUUAGAAAAGUUUAAUCUAAUAAUCGCAUCGACUAUUUUAUGCAUUGGAGGACUAAUGCUUUAUUCUAUUUUUCAUGGGGUAAAAUAA